CAGAUGCUUUGCUUCGUCUGCUGGGGCUGCUGUAUUCUGCGUAAUAUUUUCUAAAAAUCUGAAAUACACAUUUUUUUUGUAAGGGCUAUGUUAAAAGUAAUGUAUUAAGACACAUAAGGACCAUUAAUAAUUAGAAAUGUCUUCAAGAUACGAAGUAAGUACACGCCGAGAGCGUUCACGCAGUCGCUCGUUGGAGCGCCAUCGCUCACGGAAAGAGCACAAAGGGCGGUCGCGAACGCGGUCACCCGCGCCGUCAAAACACAGGUCACCCAGCAGGGAGAAGAGUAAACAUAAGAAAAGUAAAAAGAAAAAAAAGAAGAAGAACAGGAGCAGUAGCUCGUCAAGCAGCAGCGACACGGACGAGGAGCUGAGGCUGCUGCAGCGGUUGGAGGCGGAGCGCCUGAGACUUAAAGAGGAGAGGAAGAAACAGAAAGAAUUGCAGAAGGCCAAUGAGACUCCAGAGGAGAAACGAGCCCGCCGUCUAAAAGCGAAGCAAGAAAAAGAGCGCAAACGCCGCGAGCGGAUGGGCUGGGACAACGAGUAUCAAUGCUACACCAACCAAGACAAUCCGUUCGGAGACUCGGCACUCACACACUCAUUCGUUUGGACCAAGAAGUUGGCUAAAGAAGGUGUGAAAGCGGUCAGCAGAGACGAGCUCGAAGCUAUGAACCGGCAGAAGCAACUCGAGAAUAAAAUUGAGCUGGAAAAGGUGAAGCAGCGUCGAUUGGAGCGCGAGGCGGAGCGCGCGGAGCGCGAGGCGGAGACGGCGGCCGCGGCGCGCGCGCGCGAGGCCGCGCAGUUCGACUCGUGGGCGCGGCAGGAAGACGCGUUUCAUUUACAACAAGCUAGGUUGCGCUCGCAGAUCCGCAUCCGUGACGGACGUGCGAAGCCGAUCGACCUGCUCGCUUGGUACGUGGGCUCGGAGCAGUGUGUAGACGCGCUCGAAAUGCACGAGCCCUACACCUACCUCAACGGUCUCCAAGCCCCGGACCUUGAAGACUUGUUGGCCGACAUUGCCGUGUACAAGUCUUUAGAGCAAGAGCAAAACCAGCGGUACUGGAAAGAUGUGGAGACCAUUGUGCAGGACGAGCUAGCAAAGCUACGGAGAGCUGCACCCGAGCCCCAUGAAGCGGUACAUCGUGACACCGUGCACCAGAGCGUGGCCGAUGACGUCACACAAAUUUUCAAAGGCAAGACGGGCGCACAGUUGGAAGCAUUACAAUCGCAGAUCGAGCAGAAGAUCAGCGCCCGCGCUGACAAUAUCGAUGUGGGCUACUGGGAGAGUUUACUUAGCCAACUCAAAGCACACAUGGCCCGCGCUCGGCUGCGCGACCGACAUCAGAAUAACUUGAGGCGGAAGCUGCAGCUGCUGAAGCAGGAGCAAGGGGUCGCGGCCAAGCCCGAACCGGACACGAGACCGGACGCUGAUGAACCUCAACCUACCGGAUCUACAAGUCCCAAAGCGGAGGCGGCGACGGAGGCUCGCGCGGAGGCCCCGGACUCCGGGUCGGGCGACUCGGAGCCCGAGUCGGAGUCCCUGGCGGCCUGCGUGGCGCUGUACCGCGCCGGGCGCUACUCGCCCGCGCCGCUCCCCGCGCGCGCGCUGGAGCCCGGCACGCUCACCACGGACGCGGACAUCGACGACCAGCGGCUGCAGUAUCUGAGAACGAGAGCGCAUGCAGCGAAUGCACAAAGAGCACACGAACAGGGCGCCCCCUCGGCCGUCGGCGUCGGCGUCGGCGUCGGCGUCGGCGUCGGCGGGGCUGCGGAGCCGGGCGCGGCCGUGUUCGAGAGGGAGGCCCGGCGCGGCAUGGGCACCGACGAGGCGCAGUUCAGCGUGGAGGCCGCUCUGGACAGGAGCGAAGCCCUGCCCGUGCCGGCGCUGUGGCCAGACAAGUACCGUCCGCGCAAGCCGCGCUACUUCAACCGCGUGCACACCGGCUUCGAGUGGAACAAGUACAACCAGACGCACUAUGACAUGGACAACCCGCCGCCCAAGAUCGUGCAGGGCUACAAGUUCAACAUCUUCUACCCGGACCUGAUAGAUCCCAAGGCUACCCCGGACUUCUCUCUGAAACCUUGCGCCGACAACCCCGAGUUCGCCGUGCUGCGGUUCCGCGCCGGGCCGCCCUACGAGGACAUCGCCUUCAAGAUCGUCAACCGCGAGUGGGAGUACUCCUACAAGCGCGGCUUCCGCUGCCACUUCCACAACAACAUCUUCCAGCUGUGGUUCCACUUCAAGCGGUACCGGUACCGCCGUUAAUAUAAACCGUAUCAAACUGUACACUACACUACACAGAACAAUACAGUGGCUUUCAAAAUGUGAUUAACUACCAUUGUCUUUCGCAUUUUAUUGUGAUCCGUAUCUUUAAUUUUAAAACUAACACGGGACUUAAUCGCGUACAAACUUACGUUUAUUUAUGGCCUGACGUUUCGAACGUGACGUUACGUUCGUGUUCACAGGCAGACUGGCGAGGAAUUGCCGGGCCAUAAAUAAACAUAAGUUUGAGUUUUGAAUGAUUCAUGGUUAGUUUCACUAGAUUUAUAUUGAUUGGGAUAUUUAAAUCGGUAUCUGUAUCUUUACCAAGAAAACUCUAAGAUGCGUAUAACAUCAUAACAACAUCUUUGGGUUUUUAAAGAACAUGAGUUUUUUUAAAUAUGUAAUCUCCAUCAAUACAUAGUAUAAAACAAAGUCGCUUCCUGCUGUCUGUCUUUCCCUAUGUAUGCUUAGAUCUUUAAAACUACUCAACGGAUUUUGAUGCGUUUUUUUAAUAGAUAGAGUGAUUCAAGAGGAAGGUUUAUAUGUAUAAUUAAUCAGCAUUGCACCCGUGCGAAGCCGGUCAAGGUCGCUUGUUG